AAAUGAUUAAUUAGGUUCUAUGUAUAUUGAUGAUGAUAUCAUUGAAUUAUUGUCGUACGAAAGAGGAAUGGAAAAAUAGAACUAUUUAUUAAUUGUUAACAGAUAGGUUUGCUUCAACUAAGACUAAUAGAACAAGUUGUGAUUUAGGGUAAUAUUGUGGAGGAAAUUUCAAAGGAAUAGAAAAUAAUUUGGAUUACAUAAAAAGUAUGAUUUUUGAAUGAUUUAAAGAUUUGGGAUUUGAUGCUAUUUGGAUAUCACCUAUAGUGUAGAAUUAUGAUGGGGCUUAUCAUGGAUAUGCAGCUAAAAAUAUCUAUUAAAUAAAUGAGAAUUUUGGAACAGCAUAAGAUCUUAAAGAUUUAGUAAAUGCAUGUCAUUAGAAAGAUAUUUGGGUUAUGAUUGAUAUUGUUGCUAAUCAUAUGGGAAAUUAGGAUUUAGAUUUUUCUCGUAAUUAUCCAUUUAAUUAAUCAUCACACUUUCAUGAUUUAUGUGAAAUAUCAGAUUAAGAUUUUGCUACACAUAAUUUAGUAAAUAUAGAAAGAUGUAGAUUAUUUAUGUUAGCAGAUUUAAAUUAAGAUAAUUCUUAUGUAGCAAAUGAAUUGAUAAAUUGGAUUAAAUGGAUAGUGAAUGAAUUUAAUAUUGAUGGUAUAAGAAUAGAUACAGCAAUGAUGGUAAAGGGAGAAUUUUGGAAAAAAUUCACAGAAGCUACAGGAAUAUAUUCAAUUGGAGAAGUAUUUGAUGGAGAUAUGGGAUUUUUGAAAUAAUUUAUUGGACCUAUGGAUGGUCUAUUAAAUUAUCCAUUAUUUUUUACUCUUAGAGAUGUAUUUUUACAUUGGGGAGAUAUGUAUAGAAUAGAAAGUUUUUAUUAUUAUUAAUUAUAAACAUAUGGUAAGAAUAAUAUACCUUUUAUGGCUUAAUUUAAUGAUAAUCAUGAUAAUGCUAGAUUUUUGAGUGAUGAAGUGAAUGGUAUAGAGGCUUCAUAAUUGAAAAUAAUUUAAUUUAAAGCAUUUACAGCUUUUACAUUGACAUCAAUAGGAGUUCCAAUAAUGUAUUAUGGUUCUGAAUAAUUAUUUACUGGAGGAGGGGAUCCUAAAAAUAGAGAAAUAAUGUGGAAUUCAUUGAAUUAGUAAAUAUAUUUAAAUUAUAAUAUUAAUAGAAAUUCAGAUACUUAUAAAUUUAUAAAAAAGAUAAAUGAAGCAAGAAGAGCAGUUAAUGCAGGAGCAUAAGAAUAAGUAUAGAGAUAUGCAGAUAAUGAUUUUUAUGCAUUCACUCGAGGUUAAUUAUUUGCAGCAUUUACAAGUAAAUAUGACAGAGAUGUGAUAAGAAAAAUUACUUAUCAUUAAUAUGCUGAUGGAACUAAAUUAUGUAAUGUUCUAUACACAGGAGAUUGUGUUUUAGUGUAAAAUGGAUCAUUUUAAGUUUACUUAAGAAAUGGAGAAGUUAAGAUUUAUUUACCUGAAGGAAUAUUAAUAGAAACAGAAUGA